UUGAGUGCCCGGCCAUUUAACCUUUGGAUUUGUAGUGCAGGGCUUGUUUUGUUUUUUGUUUUUUUUUAAACCCUACAAACACACUCCAAGUGUCAGUCGAGCCACGCCCCCCCCGCCCUCGAAAAGCUUGGAAUGAGGCUGCGCCUUGUUGGUCACGUGACACCGCCGUCCAGUGUGUCCUCGCCAGGCAACGGUCCUAGAGACCGACAACACCGUCUGCCGCAGCAUGAACGUGAUCUACCCUCUUGCGGUGCCCAAGGGGCGCCGGCUCUGCUGUGAGGUGUGCGAAGCUCCGGCCGAGCGGGUCUGCGGGGCCUGCACAGUCACUUAUUACUGUGGUGUGGUUCAUCAAAGAGCUGAUUGGAGCAGCAUCCAUGAGAAGAUAUGUCAGCUCCUGAUUCCCCUGCGCACUUCCAUGCCCUUCUACAACUCAGAGGAAGAACGGCAGCAUGGCCUGCAGCAGCUGCAGCAGCGGCAGAAGCAUUUGAUCGAAUUUUGCUACACCGUAGCCCAGAAAUAUAUCUUUGAAGGAAAACAUGAAGAUGCUGUCCCAGCAGCUUUGCACUCUCUUCGCUUCCGUAUGAGUGUUCAUGGCCUGAGUUCAGUAGAGCUGGUACCUGCUUACCUGCUGUUGGCCGAGGCCAGCCUUGGUCUGGGCCGGAUCGUCCAGGCUGAGGAGUAUCUAUCCCAAGCGCAGUGGACAGUCCUCAAAUCAACUGAAUGUUGUUAUGCCACCCACUCCUUACUGCAUCGGAACCUGGGACUUCUCUACAUGGCUAAGGAAAACUAUGAGGAAGCCCGUUAUCAUCUGGCCAAUGAUAUUUAUUUCGCCAGUUGUGCAUUUGGAACAGAGCACAUCAGGACCUCAGGAGGCUACUUCUACCUGGCUAAUAUCUUCUAUGGCCUUAAAAAGUUGGACCUGGCAGACACAUUGUACACCAAGGUCUCUGAGAUCUGGAAUAAAUAUUUGAACAAUCACUAUCAAGUCCUCUCACAGGCUCGCACCCAACAAGUAGAUCUACUAGGCAAACAGUUGGAGACCAACACUGGCUUGGAUGAAGCCCAGGAAGCAGAAGCCAUUCAGAUCCUGACUUCAAUCUUGAACAUUCGAGAAUCUACAUCUGACAAAGCCCCCCAAAAAACAAUCUUUGUUCUAAAAAUCCUGUUCAUGCUUUACUACCUGAUGGUGAAUUCUUCAAAGGCAAAGGAAUACGCCAUGAGAGCCCUGGAUCUAGCCAAAGAACAGCAGCUCAGUGUCCAUGAACAAAACACCAUUCAAGACUUACUAAAUCUCACCUCAGCUGAGGAAGCUCAUCCCAUUCCUUGGUGACCCAAGAGCUCUGCAUCAUGGACUAUUGAGCAUCUAAUGUAUUCCAGCCUUGCAUAGCUGCUUUGAGGUGCUAUGAAUUGCUGAAGUGCCUACCCUCUUCCCCUGGGAUUGCACUCAUAGCUGUGUUUUUAUUGUUUCACAGCAUAUGUUGGGGAAUAUAGAGCUUUUGGCACAGAAAUCAGUAUAACUCUUGUUUAUCA